AUGGAAACCGCCACAUUAGAGCUCAACGCUGACAGGUUUCUUGCAUUGUUUUCGAUGAAUUUGCCUGAUGGCAUGAAAGAGAUAGCAUGUGCACUUGAGCCACAUGUGCACUUCUCAAGGUUAUCAAGGACUUCUUCCCCUGUUUCUGAUGAAAGGACUCCAUCUCAGAUUACUGAUGUAGAAAUAUCAUCGAAUGAUACCACCAUUGAUUCAAGAUUAAACUCCGGCUGGCGGCUUACGAAAGAUUCAAUUACUCCUGAAAUGAGUUGGGAACUGGAAAACAGAAAGAAUCCCGAAAAGAACAACAAAGAAAUUACCAGAAGCAGCCUUGCUCCAAUCAGCAGUGAACUUCUUUGGAUUCCCCUCUUAAAGGGGUUGGAUUUUGUUUUGAUAUGUUUAGCUCUACCCAGUACCUGCCAAUUAUGGGAUCAACAACCAGCUGGCUCAUGUAAUGUUUUACGUGGAUCGGACCUUCUUUCCACAGACAUUGAUAAGCAAGCUGAGAGACAGUGGGAUAUUAAGGUUGAUGCCCAAGAUAUUAGCUUUGAGGGCAGUGCAAAGGCAAACAGCAGCCUCGAGAUCAAGAAGGCCUUGGAUGACACUACAGCAAGGUUGUACUGGAGGCGUGCCAAUGGGCUUGGUGUUGGUGUUGGGUUUGGUGGUGAUGGUGUUGGUUUUGGUUUUGGAGGAGGGGGCAGUUGCGCUUAUUGGCAGUGA